CUAUUCCCGUUUUUCACAGACAAGAAACUUGGCCCCAAAAUUCGUGGGUAAAUUGGAUAGUCUAAUAGCUAAUGAGUGGGGGGCGGGGGGAGGCGAAAAGUAUAUACAUAUGGAUAUGACUUAAACUCUCUUAAGUUCUUUACCACUAAAGUCCCAUCGUCUCAUACAUCUACCCAAGGAAAUCAGUUAUUAGAAGGUAAUUUUGACAUCUUAAGCUAUUUUUAGCCUUGACUGAAUGCUCCAGUCCUUUGGGUCUCACCCCUGUGGUUGAGUAAUCUCACCGGAGUGUUGAGGCAGAGCCCAAAGACAUGGUUACCAUUCCUAGAGAUUUUCCGUUCAGCUUGGCUUAUGUGGGUGUUGAGGGAAGGACAAGUUCUUAUCAUCAGAGAGCUGCAUGAAAUGAUCCAGCCAAGAAGGGAAAUGAUCUUGCCUUUGGGAUACUCUCAGCGUGGGAAGAGGAAUAGAGUGGGAAGAAGUAUUUCCCUUCUGAUUCAGGAAAGCAAAACAAAAGAGAGCUAAAUAUAGUCAAUGCUUGAUCUUAUACCAGUGGCAAGAGCAGAAGUUAAUAAUAUGAUCCAAAGCAGCAGAUUUGCAGAGGCUGAAUUAAGGCUAAUGAAAUGGGACUCAUGAAGAGUGAUUAUGGAAGAUGAUGGUGCUGGUGUCUGUGGCCUCUUGCCAUUCUUGCAAUCUGAAGCUUAAGAAGUCCUUCCAGCGCUCCUGUGGAGGACCCUCACCACUGCGGAGCUUGGCCCCUAGUGACUCCGGGCUCCUGGUUCUCGGUCUCCCCGACCGCCCUCCUUCCUGGGAAGAUGUUCCUGGUGGGCCUGACAGGGGGCAUCGCUUCGGGCAAGAGCUCCGUGAUCCAGGUGUUCCAGCAGCUGGGCUGCGCGGUGAUCGAUGUGGACGUCAUUGCCCGGCACGUUGUCCAGCCGGGAUACCCCGCCCACCGGCGCAUUGUGGAGGCCUUCGGCACCGAGGUCCUGCUGGAGAACGGUGACAUUGAUCGCAAGGUCCUGGGCGACUUGAUCUUUAACCAGCCCGACCGGCGGCACCUGCUCAACAGCAUCACCCACCCUGAGAUCUGCAAGGAAAUGAUGAAAGAGACCUUCAAGUACUUCCUCCGGGGAUACCGCUACGUGAUUCUGGACAUCCCCCUGCUUUUUGAGACCAAGAAACUGCUCAAGUACAUGAAGCACACGGUGGUGGUAUACUGUGACCACGACACGCAGCUGGCCCGGCUGAGGCGGCGGAACAGUCUGAGCCACGAGGACGCGGAGGCCCGGAUCAGGGCCCAGCUGCCCCUGAAAGACAAGGUGCACAUGGCCUGCCACGUUCUAGACAACUCGGGCGAGUGGAGCGUCACCCGGCGCCAGGUGGUCCUGCUGCACGCGGAGCUGGAGCACUCCCUGGAGUACCUGCCACUGCGGCUCGGGGUCCUCACGGGGCUGGCCGGCAUCGUCGGUCUGCUCUACCUGCUGACCCACUACCUCCUGCCUGCCCCCUAGCUGGACCCUCCAAGGCAGGAACUGCUGGGUCUCCGUCUUCUCAGAGGCUGGAACCAGGUCACAAAUGCAUCGGGUUUCCUCCCAACCCCUCAACACACGCACUCUGAAUCUGGGCUGGAGCUCUGCCCUGGGCCUACCUUUCAUCUGAGCAUAUACUGCAUUCUGUCCGAGGCAGGGAAACAGCCCUCUGUCAGCAGAUGAUCCUUUCCACCUCCCCCAGAGCCCCUCCCUCUGGAACCCCCCACAGAACAGUGUCCAUGAGAGGGUGUGGCAGUAACAGUGAGAGACUGUUGUUAAUUUCUUGUGGGUGGGGGUGAGGAGCACUCUCAGGGGCCGUCACCAGUGUUUAAAGCUGGGAGGGUCCCUGGGCCUGAACCAUCUCCAAGCAUGUGCCCCAUCAUGGCCAAAGUGUCCUUUUAGUGGACAUCGGGGAAUCAGUUUGGACCAAAGGCUGCCACCUUCAUGCAGGAUUCCCCCAUAGACUGAAGCCCUCAGCCAGGAUACAGGAAGGAUUCCCUUGUGGGUGAUGCUGUAUCCGGGCAGAGGCCAGGCCUCUUCUGAGAUGACCCACCGUGGUGGGUCAAAUGACCCGUGGCAUUUGCCCAGCACUCCCUGCAGCCCGCUCCCUGCCCCCUACCACUCUACCUCCCUGAGCUCUUGGUGGUCCCCGUGCACCUGGAUGUUUCUUGCCUCUGUGCCUUUGCCUUGUUGCUCCCCAAUCUCAAAUAACCCUUCUGCCCCCCCCCCCCACAACUGGUUACCUUCUAACUCAGGCACCACCUGAAGCUCCAGGUGGGGUUAGGUGCUCUGGGUUACCACCCUGCCACCACCAUCAUGUUUUACCUGAAUCCACAGUAUAAUCAACCAAAAGCUGGUUGGUCUUUCCUCCUAGACUGUAAGCCCCUUGUAGGCAGAAACUGUUUCUUAUUCAUUUCUGUUCCUGGUGCAGAGCCUGAGUUGCCGCUGGUGCUGAAUAAAGUGUGUUGAUCUGAAAUGCCCCA